AUGGAUGAGGGAGGCGACAUGGUGAGCCACCUUGACCGUUUUGAGGAGCUUGUUCUGAGUGUGGAGGCGGUGGGCGAUGCCAUGGACGAAGCACGCCGGAUGACAGUUCUGCUGAGUAGCUUACCGGCAGAGUACGAGAUGAUUGUGUCCAUUUCUGAAAAUUACGUGGGUGUGACGAUGGUGGAUGUGAAAGAAAAGCUGUUGAAGGAGCACAAGAAGAAGCAGCAACAAGAGGUCUCCAAAGGAGCUUUCCGCGUUGGUCGUGGAGGACAUAAACAGGAUCGUGGUCGUGUAGUGCGUCAACAACGUGGAGCAGAAGAGAGCUGGAAGAAGAAACAGUCGUUUCGUGGGAAGUGUCACCGCUGUAACAAGAUCGGACACAAGCAGUUUGAGUGCCGAUCUGCCACCAAGAGUGAUGGAAAUGAAAUGGCGUUCACGGCCUUAAACGGAUUAAAGGAAGGAUAG